CUGAGUUUCAACAAGAGUAUAUCUAAAGAAAACAAGGGUUGAAGUAGUUUUUAGUUUAGCAUACAGUUGCCAGUUUGAAGAGAGCCUUGCAUUCCUAAGCAUGCUAACUCUAUUUUCUUUCAUUAAUUCUUUCUUUAUUUCUUUGUUUCUGAUGCACACUUUCUUAUUUCUUUACACUUAGAAUAGCCUUCCUUAAUUUACAAUUAUAGUAACAUAAAAGCUAAAGCAUGUGGUUCCUAUUUUGUAGCAUAACUACUGCAUAAGACUCAGCUUAAAUGAAGACUGGACUUAUAAAUUUGAAUAUCUGUGUCAUGUUCGAUUUUCUAUUAAUAGUUAAUAAGUUGGUGUAUAUGUCUUAAGAUGACUGUUCGUGUUCAUUCUAGCUUCUCGUGUUUAUGGUUAUCUUGUUCUGAGAUUUGUAACUGUAAUUCUUGUUUUGCAAACUAAAUCCUAUUUGGUGAAAAUUUUUAUGAUCUUUUUUAUAUACUUUUUUUUUUAUUUAUGAAUUUUAGUUAUAAAUAUUUGUGAAGAUAAUGACUGAAACAGGAUCUCCCUUUGCAGGAUUUGAAAGACUAAUUGGUAAAUUUGGGUUGAACUUUAGUCUUGAACAAGCUGAAGGCCCUUAUUGUGGAUUAUAAUUUUUACAAUUGCAGCACCCUACGGUCUUACCAUAUUUUAGAGUGCUUUCAUCACUUCAUACUGAUGUUGAAUACCCGGUGUUCUCCAAAUAAAUUCAAGGAAACGGUUUGCAAUUUAAGUGAAGACAAAAAGGUUGCCGUACAAGAGAUUGGGUUUGGGUCCCUUUUAGACAUCGAGUGUACCAUUUUGAAGCGCAACCUGUGCUUAUGGUUGGUAGAACACUUUGACCCUAGAACAUCUCAUCUCACCCUUGAAUCUGGCGCUCGGAUCCAUGUUACGCCAAGUGACGUUGAAGAGGUACUUGGCCUACCCUCGGGAAGAGGAGAAGAUGUGCCAAAUUAUAUUGUACAAAGUGUGCAUUGGUUAGAAAAUGGCAUUUUUUUAAAGGACGGUGUAAUAGAAGUGCCAAACUUAGUGCAUCAAUUAGACGUUCUUCCUGUUGGGGAUGACUUCAAGAGGGCUUUUGUCCUUUUCGCUUGCGGAUCACUUCUAGCACCCAUAUCGAAAAAUGAGACAAGCAAAAGGUUAUUGGCAGCGGUUGACAAUGUGGAUGCUAUUAAAUCGUAUAAUUGGGGGAAGUUUGUUUUAGAUUGGUUGAAAAAAGGAAUUGCGUCCUAUAAAGGAAAGGAAGGAAGAGAAGGUUGUACAUACAUACAUGGAUGCUUGUUCUUUCUCAUGCUUUUCUACCUACACCGUGUGGAUGUCAAUGGACCAAAACCGAAGCCUGAGAUGUCAUGCGUACGUGGAUGGACCAACAAAUUAAUAGGCGAGAGGUUGAAUUUGGAGAAGCAUAAAUAUAAUGGUUUCGGCUUCGGUGAGGUAAAGUUUACAACUGAUACAUCUGAAGAUGCCGAUAAGGAGUUGGCAUAUGAAAUUAUUAAAGUUGUUAAGAAAUGGAAGCAACGGCACAAUGUAGGCCAAGGCAGGGGGUCGAGAUCCUCAGAACCCAGUUCAUCCACACGACAACCUAACCCAUCUUCGCAAUUGUUUGCACAACACAAUCCGAUUGAGGAGGAAGAUGAAUCCCACAUACCAGUGGAGGAGGAAUUCGAAACCUCCACAAGACAAGCAAACUCACCCUGGCAAUCUUUUACAAAACACGAUCCCAUGGAGGAGGAAGGAGAAAUCCCCGCACCAAUGGAGGAGGAAGUGGGAACCUCCACAGCAAUGGAAGAGGAGCGUGAUGUGCAGGAAGCAGUGAUCCCUUUAUUACGUGUUAUAAAGCCUGGGCGCCAUAAGGGAUCACCUUGGGUUGAAAUGAAGGUCAACCGAUUGCGUGUCCUUCGUCCAGAAGCAAAGGCAGUCAUCUCAUAUGCCAUGGAUGAGAGCAGAAAUGAUGAUGAAAUGCUGGUGAACAUAAAUGAUAUUUUCCUCACAAGAAAAGAGAUGAGAACAAUCUCUUACAAUCAUUGGAUAUCAAAUAUGGUGGUUGAAGUCUAUUGCCAAAUGCUCCAGCUGAAACAAAAGCGUAGAGGAACCAAAUUUUUCUUUCCGCCUUCGAUUGGGAUUGAACUUUCCAAGAUACCUUCAAAAGUGGUUGAUAGGAAAGGUAAAAUACAAGCAGUUUGGAACAACUAUAAAAGGAUAAGGAAUGUCGAUGAUAACAAAGUUUGCCAAUUCAAUAUGCUUUUCUUUCCAAUACUUGUAAAUGAGAAACAUUGGUGCUUGUAUGUCUUUAACAUUUGCGAUAGUCGUAUGGAUGUGUUGGAUUCAAACAAACAUUCUUCGCAUGAUAAGCGUACUCCAGACAAGAUGUCAAAAGAUUUGGUAAUGUUGGUUGAGGUAUUCACCGGAAGAGAUCUACAAAACUUCAUAUACAAUGUGCCCAACGUACCUCAACAGCCCGAUAGUCUUUUAUUCAGUGAUAGUUGUGGUGCUUUCAUGUUGGACUUCAUGGAGAAAUGGGAUGGUUCACUCAGUCACCCAAAAGAGAAGGUGAAGCCCAAUUCUAUUUUUUACAUGGGUCUUAUUUAUUUUUUUCCCCGAAUGAAGAAAUUACCGAAUUACUAAAUCACACAAUCUCCUCGAUACUCUUCGUUAAUCAUUUAAUUCUCUGUUUUCUUCUAAACCAUUGGUGCAUUGUUAAUCUAAGCACCCACUGGUCAUUAGUCUUCAAAGGAAGAAAUGGGUCUUGCCUUUAAAGGUUUCAAAAAAUAUAUUUGUAAAACUGAUCCACAUUCCUACAUACUUUUGUUCAAGGGUUGAAACUGGAGGGUCUUCAAUUCCAAUACAUGCAAACAUAAUUUAAAAAAUUAAUGCAACCACAAAAUGCAUCCACUAUAACGUUUUCCUUCCUCUUCACUGCACUCCCCAUUCUGUUUUUACACGUUUUCCAGCUUAUACCUUUCUUUUUUCUUUUUGCAUCUUUUAAACCCAUGUUUGUGUGCAAGUACUUCGCUUUCCGAUCUCUCCCCGCUAGGCUGCAAUGUCGUAGUGUCAAUAGCGGGAAGACCAGGGGACUAUGGCACGUGUUGAAACAAAGAGAGCGGUAAGCAACCCCUUUAGGCAACAAAAUUUUCAACCUUAGAACCCCCUAAUGCAGUAUACCCUUAAUGUGUGCCAUUUUUUUGAAAGAGAAAGCAUCCAGCUCUAGUGAGUUUUAAUCUAACAUGAAGUAAGCAACAGUACUCCCUUGUAAUGAAUGAUAUAGAAAAUGUUUGACAUCCACUGUAUAAUGGGUCCUAUCGAGUAGAAACCAGCUUUGCUAGAUGAGGUUUAAAUGAAUAGCAUAUUCUUAAAUAUUUUCAGACAGUUUUUCAUUGUCAAAGAAUUCAGUAUGAGAUCAGUAGCUUAAAUCAUUAGUCAACCUUGUUUUUCCUACAUCACCUAACCAAUUAGAUACGCAAAUACUGGACUCCUGUCAUUUUAAAUGAACAUAUUGCAGUUAAUAUGGUCACUUCACUGUACUUAGUGGUGCUCAUUAAAAAUGAACCGAACACAAAAGAUACUGAAACUACGACAUAUUGAAA